AUGUCGAAUAUGACGACUUCCGAAAACACAUCGGUGCAAGUUGCCCUCCGAAUAAGGCCAUUAACUGCUGAAGAUUUGGUAAAUUUACCUACAAGAUUUCAGAGAAAUGUUCUAUCAACAACAUUAUUCGCUCCAAAUCAAGUGACUGUUCUUCAAGGCGAAAAGAAACAAACUUUCACUUUUGAUCAUGUCUUUGGUCCUGAAUCGAAUCAAAAAGACAUAUAUGAUCGAUGUAUUAAAAGUAUGGUUGAUAAAUUCUUAGAAGGAUUUAAUGUUACCAUAUUGGCUUACGGUCAAACCUCAUCGGGUAAAACCCAUACUAUGGGUACUGCUGAUAGUUUAUCGUCACCUUCAGAAUCAAGAGGUAUAAUCCCACGGUCAAUGGCUACACUCUUUUCAUACAUAAAUUCUGCUCAAUAUAAAAAUCGAAAAUUCACUAUGAGGGUAUCUUUUGUGGAAAUAUAUAAUGAAGACUUAAUUGAUCUUCUCGCUGAAGGUGAUGAUGAAUGUAAACCACAAGUAUUAAUAAGAGAAGAUUCUAAAGGAAAUAUUAUUUGGAGUGGUUUACAAGAAAUUAAAGUUAGCACGGCUGAAGAAGUCAUGAGUCGGCAAGUGAGUGCGACAGAUAUGAACGCUCAAUCUUCGCGUUCACAUGCAAUUUUUUCGGUUACACUAUCUCAACAAAAGUUUAUACCUUCGUGUGGUGGUCCUGCAAGCCCAACUCCUCUUUCACGCCCAUCUACUCCAAGUAAAUUGGGUUCUUCUCCUUCAAGAGCUGGAUCUAGACUGGGUAAACGAAAUGAUGAUGGUGAUUGGGUUUCUGUAACGAGUAAAUUUCAUUUCGUUGAUUUAGCUGGUAGUGAAAGACUUAAACGUACAUCCGCCAUCGGUGAUCGUGCAAAAGAAGGAAUUUCAAUUAACUCUGGUCUAUUGGCAUUGGGUAAUGUAAUUUCUGCUUUGGGUGAUCCAACGAAAGCAAAAAGUACUACACAUAUUCCUUAUAGGGAUUCAAAACUUACUAGAUUAUUACAAGAUUCUCUUGGUGGUAAUGCUCAAACUUUAAUGAUUGCUUGUGUUUCACCUGCUGAAUUUAAUGUUAGUGAAACUAUUAAUACUCUUAAAUAUGCUAAUCGUGCAAGAAAUAUAAAAAAUGUUGCUACUGUUACUCAAGAAGAAGCUGGUUGGCAUGAUUUAGAACAUUUACAACAUUUAGUUAUUAAAUUAAGAUCAGAAAUUAAAAAUUUAAGACUUUCAACUGGUAUUAUAACUGCUUCUGGUAGAAGUACUCCUUCAGAUGCUAUUAAUCUUCAUAUUGAUGCUCUCGAGGAACAAUUGGCUGACCUUCAACGUUCUUAUUCUGAAUUAACUCAAAAGUAUGCAAAAAUUUCCGCUGAAUUAUCUUCUUAUCAAGAUAACACAGAAUUAUCAAAUCAAAGACAAUUAAAUGCUAUAAUGGAAGAUAGUGAUGAUAUCGACUUUUUAUCUCAUGCUACUGCUUCAUUUCAAGAAACUGUUGCUCCAGUUAUUGCUGAAUAUGAAAAAUCUAUUAAUGAACUUGAAAGUCAAUUAAAAAUUGCAAGAUCUUCUUUAAAAACUACUGAAAGUUAUAUUAAAGAUCUUGAAUCAAAACUUGAUUCUUAUUCAAGUGAACAAAAAAGAGAUCAAGAAAUUAUAAAUGAUCUUAGAAAUAAAAUUUCUCAAUUACGUACAAAUGGUGAAAAUAAUGAAUCAAUUAUACAAAAAUUAGAAACUCGUUUAUCAAGAAGUGAAAGUAAAGCUGAAUUAAUGAAUGAAACUGCUCAACAUCUUGAAAAAGCUUUAUUGGAAAGAGAAGAUGCUUAUAAUAAAUUAGAAUUAAAAUAUAAGAAUGAAAAAUCUCAAGAUGAACAACAACAAAAUUUAUUAUUAAAUGAAAUUGAAGAUAGAGAUCGUAGAAUUUCUCAACUUGAGAAAAAAGUUGAUGAUCUUAUUUCGGAAAUUUCUCAAUUUAAAAAACUUAAAGUUGAUGUUAAUAAAACUCCUCGACAUUAUUCUAUUGUUUUAAAUCUUGAAUCAAAACUUUAUGAAUUACAAAAAACUCAUGAAAAAACUGUUUCGGAAUUUGCUGAAAUUAAAGAAAAAUAUCAUUCUUUUUCUGGUUCUCAUCGUAAAUCAAGAUCUCUUUCGGCUGAAAUUCAAGGUGCUGAAAAACGUGAACUAUCAAGUUUAGCAAUGAUACAAAAACUUCAAAUUGAACUUAAACAAUUAGAAUCUUUACAUAAAGAUAAAGCUGAAGGUUUAGAAGCUGUUAAAAAAGAAUUUGCUAGAUUAGAAGUAAAUCAUCUUGAAACUCUUGAAAUUGUUGAAGAACUUCGUGAAGAAAUAAAAAGAAGAGAUGCUUUAGCUCAAAUUGAAGUUAUGUCAGUAAUGACUUCUGAAUAUGCUUAUACUGAAUCUGGUUAUUCUGCUGCUACAAGUGAAAUUGAUCAAUUAGAAAUUGUAAAUCGUCUUAGAGAAGAAGUUGAACAAUUAAAAGAAGAACAAAGAAAAAAUUUGGAAAUAAUUGCAAAAAAUGAAAAAGUUGAUAAUAAAAAUAAUGAUAUUAUUGCUAAAAUUGAAUCAAAUAUUAAUGAACUUUCUAUUAAUUUACAACAAGAUCAACUUAACGUUGAAAAAGAAUCUCAAAGACAAUUUAAUAUUAAUGAAGCUGCUGCUCGUCUUGAAGGUGUCCUUCCUAUACCUGAUGAGAAUGCUCAAAUAUCUGAAUUACGUCAACAAGUUGAUAAACUUCAAGAACAAUUAAUUAAAGCAAAAGAAGUUCCAAAUAUUCCUACUCCACGAAAUUCUAUAAUUAAUAGUGCUGAUCCAACUUAUGAAGCGGUUGGUGGUCUUGAAGAAAAACUUACUAAAUUACGUCAAGAACUUGCUCUUAAAUCAGAAACCGUAAAAGAUUUACAAAGUGAACAAGAAAUUGUUGUUGCCCUUCAAGAACAAGUGGAAACGCUUAAAUUAGAUAUUCAUCAUAAAUAUGAACUUAUUGAAAUACUUAAACGAGAUCUUGCGGAUAAAGCAAUUCUUCAACAACGAUUAAAAGAAAAAGAAGCUGAAGUGUUAAUAUUUAGAUCAAAACUUAUGGAUGUUCAUAAACAAGAAACUGAACUUGAAAAUGAAAUGAAUAAAUUAAAAUCAAGAUUGGAUAAAUUAGAAACUGGUGAAGAUGUGAAUAAAGUUUUACAAACCGAAUUGGAAACUUUAAGAAAAGAAUUAAAAGAUGUUAGAGCCAGAGAAGCGGUCACGUUGGAUAGACUUCAUGUUCUUAAAGCAAGAUUAGGUUCUGAUCAAGAGGAAACUCAUUUACAAGAACAAUUAGAACAUUUACGUGUGGUUGAAAUUGCUCAAAGGGAAAGAAUUACCAUAUUGGAAGGAAGGCUUUCCGAACAAGGUGGACAAAUCGAUGAAGAUUUUGUUAAAUUAAAAACCGAGUUAGCACUUGCCAGAGAAUCUGAAGCUGCACAAAAACGUACUAUUGAAAAUUUGGAGAUUAAACUUAAAAAAGCCGAAGAUAGAUCCCAAUUAACAACUCUUCGACGUGAAAUUGCUGGAUUAAAGGCUAAGGAAGCCGAACAAAUUAAGAAAAUAAGAGAUUUAGAAUUUCAAUUAAAUGAAUCGGUAAAUAAAGAUUCGUAUCAAGUUAAAUUGUUAAAAGAAGAAAUUGAAAGUUUAAGUGGAAAUGAACGAGAACAACGUAAACAGAUUGAAAAUCUUGAAUCUCGAUUAGAACUUAUUAAAGAUGAAGAUCCAAAUAUUUCGGCUUUAAGAGAUCAAAUUGCCGGAUUAAAAGCAUCGGAAGCCGAUUUAAGAAGAACGGUUCAAGAUUUAGAAUCAAAAUAUAUCUCUGCUCAAAAAGAAAUAAAGGUCUUUGAAACGGUUAAAGAAGAAGUUGCAUUCUUGAAAGAAUUAGAAUCUGAACAAAAGACAACAAUUGAACAACUUCAAUCUCAAUUACGUAAAAUUAGAAAUUCAAAAGAAGCUGCUAUUAAAGAACUUCAAUCGAUGAAAGGUGGUUUUAGUCUUCAAAAAGAACUUGUGGUUUCUUUAGAAGAAGAAUUAAAAGUCCUUAGACAAGAUUUAGCGUUUGCCAAAGAGAAUACUAAUUCGUCAUCAGAAGAAUUAGAAAAAAUAACAGAGUUACUGAACAAUACUCAAAAACAACGAGAUGAUGCACAAAGACGCGUCAAAGCUUUGGAAAUUGAAGUUGAAACUUAUAAACUUGCCGGAGAAGCUGGUAAUGAAAAUAUAGGAAAAUUACGUGAAGAAUUAUCUAAUGUUAAACUUGAAAUGUCGGCUCAAAAUGAAAUGAUUGUUGAACUUGAAGCUCAAAUGAAUAUUAUAGAAAAGGAACGUGAUGAAAAUGCUAAACGCGUAGAUGAAUUGACGACAAUUCUUAAGGAAAGAGAAUCUAAUCAAAAAGAUGCCAUUAAAGAAUUAGAAUCUACUUUAACGAAUUUAGAAACUGAAUUGGUCAUGGCUAAAGAUUCUUCAAAGAUUAAUAAAGAAACCAUUUCUAAUCUUGAAGAGAAACUUUCCACCGUACGAUUACAAUUAAAAGAAGCAAAAGAUUCUGAUGAAAAAAGAACCAACGUAAUUAAGGAAUUAGAAGCCAAAUUUAAAGAAGCCACCGGAAUUUUAUUGGAAAAAGAAAAUAGUCUCAGUAAUCAAGAUAAACUUGUUGCUGAACUAGAAAUGUUGAUACAAAAUACUCAAAACGAGUUACAAUCUGUCAAAGUAUCAGAAACCGAAGCUACUGGACGAAUAAAACUACUUGAAGCUAAACUUGCCGAAGCGACAAAAAUGCAAGUUAAUUUUAAUUCUUUUGCCGCCGAACUUGAAACGUCAGAAGCCGAACUAAAUAAAGUUAGAUCUUAUGAAGCCAAACACGUUCAACAUAUCAAAAGUUUGGAAAGUAAACUUCAAGAAGUUCAAGAUCGUCAUCAGCAAGAAAUCUCUAAACUCAAACAAGCCGAAGAAGAAAUUUCAUCACUUCGAGAAAAGUGUGGUCAAUUACAAGAAGAUAUUGGUAAUGCACAUCGUGAUUCUGUUAUUAAAAGCUAUGAGAACAUUGAUAAUAAUAUAGUUGAAGAGCUUAAUAGCCAGCUUAAAAAAGCUCUAAGUCAAGUUCAAGAACAACAAGAUCGUGUUGUAGAAUUAGAGAAAACCACCAAACAACUUGAAUCAGAAAAGAAAAUACAAUGUGAACGUAAUGAAGAUCUUGAAGAUCAAGUUGAACAAUUACAAAAAGACCUUGAAACAUUAGCUGAAGAAUUUGCGGAAGCUGCAUCUAAAUUUGAAGAUGCUGAUGAAUUAUCUAGACAACAAAAGAGUCGUAUUGCUGAAUUAGAGAAUGCUUUACGAGAAGCAAAGAAAAAUUAUUCUGAAGACACUGAUGAAUUUAAUGAAUCUGGGCAUACCAACCCAUCACUCGUUAAACUUGCAGCCGCGAAUGAACAAUUACGUCAGGCCAAUGACAGUCUAAAUUCCAAGAUUGCUGAAGCAGAAGGACAAACACAAGUACUAGCUGAUAAAGUCAAAUUAUUAGAAAGUGAACUUACUCGACUUGGAUCAAGCGAUCAAGAAUCUAUAACAGUAUUAAAAGAUAAGAUAAAAGAACUUGAAAUGGAAAAAAAUGGAUUAGAGGAAGCUAACGAAGCACUUUAUGAUGAACGUGGAAAACUUGAUCAAAAAAUUGAAUUCUUGAUGCAACAAUUACAUUCUGUUAGUAAUGGAGAUAAUAAGACAAGUGCUCAAGUUGCGGAAUUAAAUGAACAAAUUGUUAAUUUGGAAAGAGAAAUUUUCGAUUUAAAGAAACAAACUUUAGCUGAUACAAAAGAAAUGGAAAAAGAAAUCACAAAGCUUUUAGAGAUAAAUGAUCAACUUGAAAAAGAAAUCAAGAUCAGCCCCGUUAAUGUUAAUGAUAAUGUUACAACAAUGGCCGAUGAUGAUAAUAUAAGUUCACAUGAGCAAUCCAAACUUACACGACAAGAAGCCACUAUUGCACAACAAAAUAAUGUUAUCAAAUCAUUACAAGAUAAAAUUGCAGAACUUGAAGAAUCACGUAAAGUAUUACAAGAAACAAAUUCCGAGACACGUAACUCUGCUUCAUCAAUAUCAUCCACAACUCCUCAAAGUCCAAUCUCACCACCAUCAACACCAGGCAUCCCACGUUCAGUACUACCACCGAAACCAGAUUCUGAAUCUUCAAGACAUAGAUCCGAUUCAAGUACAUCAUCAGAACUUGCAGUGGAAAUACAAAAAUUGCAAAAGAAAAUUGCAAAGAUGGAAAGUGAAAAUUUACAAAAUCAACAACUUGUUGAGACAUUGGAGUCAACACUCAAUGAAAAUGAAACAAAUCUACGUGUAGCCAAAGAACAAUUAUCUAUAUUACAACGUGAGAAACAAGAAUUUGUUGAACAGAUCAAGAACUUAAAAGCACAAUUAGACGACGCUCAACAACAAGUUGAACAAGCCAAAUCAACUGUACGAGAAGAAAAGAAAGUCAUGGAAAGUGUACUUGAAGAAGAACGUAAAGCCAAGGAAAAGGCUGAAAAGGCUCGAAUAGCAAUUGAGAACCAAAUGGAGAAACUUGUUGCUAAAAGAAACAAAUUUAUGUGUUUCUAA